AUUCCUUGAACCCCUGUGCCCGCCCAGCAGCGGCGGGAUAAAAGUGGCAGUGCAGCAGGGGCUGAGCAUUGUGCAGAGCAGAGCCCUGCAGCCACCCAGCUCCAGCCCCGCUCGCCGUGCCAACGUCCCGCAGCAGCAUGAAGGGCUCCGCAGCCGCCCUGGCCGCUCUGCUCCUCCUGGCCCUCUGCUCCUCGGCUGUGGCCCACCUGGAUGGCCUACCCUCAACCUGCUGCUUGUCCUACGUUCAACGUCCCGUCCCACGCAGCCUCAUUGCCUCCGCCUACAUCACCAGCAGCAAAUGCCGCCUGCCAGCGGUGAUCCUGGUGACCAAGAAAGGGAGGGAGAUAUGUGCAAACCCCGAGGAGUCCUGGGUGCAGAAACGCCUGGAACUCUUGCAGGAGCAAGAAAACUGACCCUAUCCUGCUCUCGCGCCACUGGACUUGGUCCUCAGCACCACUCACGCACCAGAGCACUUGAACUGCGCCUUCUUCAACAGGAAACUUCAUGUAUUUAACUUAUUUAUGUUAAUUUAAGUAUUUAUUUUGAUAAGCAACAGAAAAGGUGUCAAUGGAAGAAUAGUGUAACACAUGGAAUGAUAGAAUCAUAGGAAGGCUUGGGUUGGAAGGGACCCCAAGGAUCACCAAGUUCCAACCCCGAUCCUCCAGAUGCAGUCCAGUCCAGGUUGCCCAGGGCUCCAUUCAAGCUGGUCUUGAACACCUCCAGGGAUGGGGCAUCCAGAGCCUCUCUGGGCAGCAGUCACAAUUAGAUGCAGCAGUCCAGUAAGGAGUCAGGAGUUUUGAUGCCAAAAUAAAUUACUUGGACUAUCAA